GUGACGGAAGCAGCUACGAUUGACGUUUGUGAUUUCGCUGCACCCUGAGAAUAUUUCUUCAGAAACAUGUCAAAUUCGGUAAUUUCAGUUAUUUCUCGAUUCUUGGAGGAAUAUAAGACCAAGACAUCGAAUAAAUUGAAAGUGGUGGACGCGUACCUUUUCUACAUCUUGUUAACCGGGGCAUUACAGUUUCUGUACUGCUUGCUGGUUGGCACCUUUCCAUUCAACAGCUUCCUUGCCGGGUUCAUUUCUUGUGUUGGAGCCUUCAUUCUGGGAGUUUGCCUGCGUAUCCAGGUCAAUCCAGAAAAUAAAGGAGACUUCCUUUCCAUCUCCCAGGAGAGGGCCUUUGCAGAUUUCCUACUAGCCCACACAGUCUUGCACCUUGUGGUCAUAAAUUUCAUUGGUUGAAAUUAAUUGGAUUUUUAGAACAGAUGAGCAGGCAUUACCAAAAUUCACCAUUCCCUUCAAAACAACAUUUACAGUCCAAAAAGAUUGUGCCAUCCUAAUUUUACAUCUUUGAAAGUUCUGGAUGUGUUCAAUAAUGAAUGACUAUAAUACAUUCAUCUUCUAAAAAUGUCUGACAGUGAUGUUUCUGAAAUAAUUGUUUUGUACUGUUUGUGGGAUUUGUUUCAGUCCAAUUGAGAUUGUUAAAAUAAAAACAGUGAAAAAUACAGAUUUUUAAAAACAAUUUUUCAUCCAUAUCUUUGUCAGUAUUAGGAAUAGUUUAAUGAGCACUAAACACAGAAGCCAACUGUUAAUUUGCUGUGUUUACAUAGCCAGUGCAAUAAAGAUAUUUUUAAUGACCCUUUUUAAACCAGUGAAGAUGAACUCUGAAAAAGUUUGGAUAUAAAAACAUCUUGUUUGAUUGGUCAAUUUAAUACACCUUUUUUAGUAUUUUUUUGCUGAACUGAUCGGUGUCAAUGUAAAAUUGAUAGAUUAGUGCCUUAUGAAUUUAAAUUGACUGAGCUCCUGAAUACAGAUAUUUUCAAUUGACCUGUUAGAGGCAAACAGGUUUUAAGCAUCAACAUUUUUUAUGAAAAUUGAAAAAUAAUUAGAAAUGUUUUGGACAUUUUUUUAAAUUUUAUAAAUGCUCGUCAUUAUUCAUAUUUAGACAUUUUCUCCAUAUGAUUUAAUGACAAAAUGUAGGGAAUUUACCUUUUUCCAUUAUAGAAUGCUGGAAAUUUAUUUACAAAUGUUGUGACCCGGAAAAACAUUCUGUAGCUUAAAAUGUGUCUAACCAGGUUAAAUAAACAUUUGGUUGCUAAAUGCCUUCAAUCCCCAGUAAAAGUAUUUUAUUUACAGUUCCUGACAAGAUGCUGUUUUUUACAUGUUGUGUCUUUCUUCAGUGUAAUAAAUUGACCAAUC